UUCUCUGGUCGGCCCAUGGUCGGCCAUUAUCCGUGAUCCGUCAUUGUCUGUCAGUCAACACAACAAACUUGUGUAAAUUCCUACAAAAUAAAUACUUCGGAUUAGUGAAUUUGGGAGAAAUCUUGAAGUUCUGAAUAGUUUGAGAAUUCACGAUGGAUGAAUCUAUGGAAUCGUUGGCGCAACCCGAUUUGGGUUUUUCGCAAUCAAUCCCGCCGAGCCAGCCUAUGGAAACUGCACCGACCAUGUCUUCGAUGGCGCCAUCAUCAGGGCCUAUGAGUGGUAGACACGAAGAAUUCUCCGUGGAGAAAGUUCUGGAUCGCAGGAUUAAGAACGGAAAAGUCGAGUUCUUGUUGAAGUGGAAAGGUUAUUCACACGAUGACAACACAUGGGAGCCUGAAGAUAAUCUAGACUGUCCAGAGCUGAUCUCCGCUUACGAGGAAGCUCGCAUGAAGAGGGAGAAGGAAGCUGCGGCAGUCGCUGCUGCUGCUGCGGCUGCUGCUGCUGCUGCUACGGCUGCAGCUUCAACAGUAGUGGAUCCUAUUGAAGAGAGCUUGGCUAGUCGUAAGAGGAGUAGACGGGAGAAGAAGAAGAAGAAUGAAGCCCUACAAGAGAUAGAAAAGCCUCGUGGUUUGGCACGUGGCCUGGCUCCUGAGAAGAUUCUAGCUGGACAACUGUUUCAUGGAUCAUUGUUCUUCUUGGUUAAAUGGCAUGGCUGUACAGAUUUCGACGUGGUGCCUGGUCAUGACUUAGGUGAAGCAUAUCCUGACUUUGUGAUCAAUUACUACGAGUCCUGCGCUCCUUUCAGUGUCAGACAUAAGAUCGGAAAGAUUAUGAGGAUUGCUCCAGAAUUACCAGCCGAGGCGCCGGCGCCGCCGCCAUCUGAACCAAUGGAUGUAUCAACGGAGUUACCAACACUUCCCACUGAUGCGCCUACAGAAACGCCGCAUCUAGCCACAGAAAUCCCGCAGGAAUCCCAGCCUAUAGAAGUACCAGUCAACUGACCAUCGUUCUACAACGCGAGCAGUAGCGACUACUGAUCGUGACAACUGUGAUUAUAUGAACUUUCUACUAAUCUAUAAUAAUAUUUUUUGCAACUAGAUUUAAAUAACAACUUUAAUGCAGUACGGAACAACCAGCAAACUUCCGAACCCCGAGAAUAGUACGAAUAUUAGGAUCUCACUUUGGCUAUGCCCGAAGGUCCUAACAGUCCCAAGUUUAAAAUAAAAUCUGAGAAAACGUUACUUUAAAACUAUAAUAAUAUUCACCAUUUUUUAUUUUUUAUUUUUAUAUAUCGGAGUUAAAUGAAUAUACCCUGGAUUACUUUUGUGUAAUAAAUGGUCUGGAUUGUUUAUAUUUUAGGGCGCUUUGCUCAUGAAGCAACUUUAGUUGAGCCAACUAUAACAUUUUUGAUGGUUUCUAUGAGGUUUUUGUAUGGUAUAAGUGCUAUUAGAGCGCUUAUGUAUGUAACAAGAUUGUUACAAGUUGCUGUAAUUGUUGCUAUAUGUGAAAAGAGUCUAAAACGCUGCAUAGAUGAGACUUUGAAAAUGGCUAUAUGUAUAAAGCGCUUUGCACAUGGAGCAACUAUUAUAUUGUAGCAACUGACGAUUUAGCUAGCUUUUUUAUAUUAUCAAAUGGGUUUGCGCUCUUAUAGCAAUAUACAUAAACUUUAUCAUGCAGAAACUUUUCAGAAAGUUUAUACUUCAACUAAAGUUACUCCGUGUACAAAGCACCUAAUAUAGCUAUAUUCUUUCUAAAGAUAGAUGAUUUUUUAAAUAUAAAUUAUAAGCAAUGUGAACAAAAUAAUGAUGUGUCUAAUAUAAGUAGAUUACGAUUUAUACUAGUAAGUAAGAAUUACGAUGGCUUAGCAAUAAAUUCUUAUUGGUUUGUGAAACAAAAAUAACAAUAAUUUUAAGGUUUCUUUUUUAAGGUAAUAGAUUCAUUGGUUCAUUCA